AUGAAUGAAAAUCUUGACUGGUGGCCAGAUUGGCUGCCAGAGACAUGGAGACCUGGUUUCUCUGGCAGCCAACGUGAUGUUGAAAGUGACAACAGGACUGAAUACGAGGAACAUUAUCAGCUUGACAACACUAUUCAACAUCCCACUACUUUUGUUCCGCCUCCCAGUUCUUCGGGACCAUCGUCAAUCUCUUCAGAUUCUGGCACUACAACUACCGAAAAUGUGUUUACUGACUCUGAGUCCAUCCACGAAAUUCGGGAAACCACACCAAUAAGGAUAUAUGACGCUCCGCCGGCAUGGACAACAGUGAACCGAAAACUGAGGGGUAUUCAUUUAUUUAUGAUUACAAUCAAUGCAGUGUUUGGAAGUGGACUCUAUUUGCGAGGAGGUCAGAUUCUGGAGGUUGGAGGGCCUCUAGCAGUUGUACUUGCUUUUCUUCUCGUGGGGAUACUCUCAUGGGCAGUCAUGCAGUGCAUCAGUGAGUUACUUUGUAUCUGGCCUGUACCGGGUGCGCUGCCAAUGUAUGUCAGCGAGUUCGUGGACCCGGAACUGGGCGUCGCCGUUGGUGUUGCUUACUGGUUCCAAUAUGCGAUGUGUUACGCUACAUUACUCCCUUCUGCAGCCACCGAGCUUGGUUUCUGGCCUGGAAUUAGUGAUAGCAAGGGCAUUUUAGGUGGCGUGGUUUAUUUUUGCAUUCCUGUUUUGCUAGUACUCAUGAACAUGCUGAAGAUUGAGAUCUACGGCUUUCUCGAGGUAGUGACUGGGAGCAUCAAAAUGCUUUUCUUGCUAAUUAUCAUUGUGGUUUUGAUUGCAAUCAACCGUGGCGUUGGUAUGCCUGAAGGCGAAGCCAUUGGUACAAGAUAUUGGCAACACCCCCUCGAUUAUGAUCACAAAGCAGCGAACAAUUGGUUCAUUGCACUUUUAAUGUGCAUAUCAAUAUCAAGUUUUGCAUACACUGGGGUCGAGGUCAUCGCGGCAUCUGCUCUCGAAGCGAAAUAUCCCCACCAUCCUCAAGGUGACGAUAAUGAUAGGUGCAAGCCAAAGAACCCUUCGCAAACCCGGUUGCAUAUCAUGGACAAUACAAUCAAGUUCUCCGCCAUCUAUAUUCCCGUCAUUGUCACGAUUGGCUACACAGUAUGUGGGCUACUUGCUACUCUGGAUAUCCCGCGCACCGAGUGUGGCCUAACAACACCCACUUGGCUCUCAAAUGACCAUCAGCCUGAUUGCAACUCUUCAAGAAGCGAAGCGCCAGUUGUUCUCAUUGCUCAGGCGUCUGAAAUACCGCAUUUGCCAGAUAUUUUCAACUUCUUUCUCGUCUUUACCUGUCUCACCGCUGCAAGUACAAAUUUAUAUAUUGCCUCGCGCGCUCUCUUUGGCCUGGCUAGUCGACUUGCUGCGGGAGAAAGUCGAAGGCGAUUCCAUUUGAAGGUUUUUACUUGGUUUGGGAGGACAAAUGGGAAUAAAGUCCCUCUUCGUGCACUUCUCUUUUCAGCGAUCGCAUUUGGCUGGAUACCGUUCUUGCAAUUGACUGGAGAUAUUAACUCCACUGAUAUUCGUGGAGGUGAUGAGUACGAUGGCUUCCGUGAGUACUUUGAUUGUUUGGGCAUGCGAAUGCCUGGCUUUCAUCAGGUUUUAUCAUUGGUAGGUAUUUACCGUCAUCGAGAUCACAUUGAAGAGGAGGAUAUACCCUUAGUUCAGCGCUGGAAUGAGGAUAAACCUUUCGAGUACCCGUACAAAAGUCACUGGCAGCCAUACCUUGCGUACGCGGCAUUCGCAGGAUGUCUUUUUUGCCUUAUAUUUGCAAAUGGCGCAGCUAUUUGGAACGGCUUCCAUUCACUAUCAUUCUUAUCAUCCUAUUUGACUAUACUGGCAUUUUUAGGUCUUUGGGCACUUCUCAAACUCGACCGAGAGGCGAAUUUGGAUUUCAAGUUUGUUGAUCUUUCGGAGGGAGAAAAGGUUCAAGUUGGUAAUAAACUACGAGCGUUGAAUGACUUCAGGCUCAGUGUGAGUCAGGACUCAGUGAAGAGCUCAAAUCUUGUGGCUUCAUAA